UAUAGCAGAAAAGGCCAUUGGUCUUCAUAGUGUGACUUCACCACUUUUCUCAUCUCCCACAAAAAUGGCUCUCUCACUUCUUUGGGUCUUUAUCUUUCUCCAUGUCUUUACCAAUGUUGUUUUUGCUGCUUCGAAUGAGGAAUCCAAGGUUUCUUUACCAACGCCAACUCCUCCAUCGCCAAUCCCGGCUAUCAAACCUCCGACGCCAUCGUUCAAACCACCUACACUGCCGACUACUCCUAUAAAACCACCAACUACAAAAACCCCGGUCAAACCUCCAACCACUCCGGUUACACCAACGAAAUCUCCGGUUCUAACUCCUCCGAUCAAAUCACCGCCGGUUGUACCACCUACGUACAAACCCCCAACGCCACCAGUUAAACCACCGCCGGUACAACCACCCACGUACAAACCCCCAACGCCACCAGUUAAACCACCGUCGGUCCAACCUCCUACGUACAAACCGCCAACUUCACCGGUUAAACCACCCACGACGUCACCGGUUAAACCACCGCCGGUCCAACCACCAACGUACAAACCCCCAACGCCAACGGUUAAACCUCCCACAACAACCCCACCGGUCCAACCACCUACGUACAAACCACCAACGCCACCGGUUAAACCACCCACGGCACCACCAGUUAAACCACCGACACCACCGGUCAAACCUCCAACACCACCUCCCGUAAGAACUCGUAUAGAUUGCGUGCCUUUAUGUGGGACAAGGUGUGGGCAACACUCGAGGAAGAACGUAUGUAUGAGAGCGUGCGUCACGUGCUGCAACCGCUGCAACUGCGUGCCCCCUGGUACGUACGGUAAUAAAGAGAAGUGUGGAUCUUGUUACGCCAAUAUGAAGACACAUGGCGGCAAACCCAAAUGUCCUUGAAGGUUUUUAAUACAUGACGCGAUAUGGUCGUCAAUGUGACAGGCAAUAAUUAAAUCUAUGAGGUUUUUAUUACUAUAAGUUUGUAAUGUGUUUAUUUUUGUUUUAGUAAUGUUGAGUUCGAUGUUUGUUUACGGAAUGUAGAAUAUAUAUAUCAAGAAAAAACCUUUCUCCUUUGAAUUAAAGAUUUUCUGAA